UUGCCCCCUCUUUCUCUCCCAUACUCUCUUUAAAAAAAAAAACUACCUUUCUUCUCUUGCUCUCUCUCUCUCUCCCUUUUGAGCUCCCAAACCACUCAUUCUUUCAAAUCCAAGAAUGGGUGAUGAGAAGAAAGCCAAGCCCAUUGGUGUGUGGCCAACAGUGAAGCCUUUUGUUAAUGGUGGAACUUCUGGUAUGCUCGCCACCUGUGUCAUCCAACCCAUCGAUAUGAUCAAGGUGAGGAUUCAAUUGGGUCAGGGAUCAGCAGGCUCGGUAGCGAGGAACAUGCUUAAGGAGGAGGGCUUUGGUGCCUUUUACAAGGGGCUAUCUGCUGGACUACUCAGACAAGCAACAUAUACCACAGCACGACUUGGAUCAUUCAAGAUUUUGACGAACAAAGCAAUUGAAGCCAAUGAUGGAAAGCCGCUACCUCUUUAUCAGAAAGCUUUGUGUGGGCUUACUGCUGGUGCUAUUGGAGCAUCUGUUGGUAGUCCAGCAGAUCUAGCACUUAUCCGUAUGCAGGCUGAUGCCACUUUGCCAGAAGCCCAGAAACGGCAUUACAAAAAUGCCUUCCAUGCACUCUCUCGUAUUGUUAAAGAUGAGGGAGUUUUGGCACUCUGGAAAGGUGCUGGACCUACUGUAGUGAGAGCAAUGGCACUGAACAUGGGAAUGCUUGCCUCUUAUGAUCAAAGUGUGGAGCUUUUCAAGGAUAAUCUUGGUUUUGGUGAAGGUGCUACAGUGAUAGGUGCUAGUACCAUUUCAGGGUUCUUUGCUGCAGCUUGCAGUUUGCCAUUUGAUUAUGUCAAAACCCAGAUUCAGAAGAUGCAACCUGAUGCUGAGGGGAAGCUUCCUUACUCUGGCUCUUUAGAUUGUGCGCUCAAAACCCUGAAAAGUGGAGGACCUUUUAAAUUUUACACUGGAUUUCCAGUAUAUUGUGUUAGAAUUGCCCCCCAUGUCAUGAUGACAUGGAUUUUCCUCAACCAGAUUCAAAAGCUGGAGAAAAGUGUUGGUUUAUAGUUUCUCUGCAGGGAUGGGGAUCUCUGUACUGGUGAAGCUUUAAUAAUGUUAUUUUUCACUGUCUUGUAGUUUUUGCUGAUUUGACAGAUUCACACCCUCAAAGUAAAACCAUUUAUUCAGAUAAUUUCAUUGCGGUUGAAGUAGGGAUCUACAAUUUUCUAAGUUGUAUUAGUUAUUUUUAGGGUGUGAUUGAAACAGAGGAUAUUACUACCCUUUUGAACCUGGAGAGUCUCUCAUGCGAAUAUUCUUGAGGAGAAAUGUCUUAAUAAAAUGAGUUUUUGUACUCUA